AUGAAAGCAAGAACGUCCCAAGUUAACUCCUCCAACAUGCUCCAAGCCGGCCGGGCCAUCUCCAAGAAACACUACAGAGGCGUCAGGCGCCGUCCAUGGGGGAAAUUCGCGGCGGAGAUUCGCGACUCGGCGAGACACGGUCAACGUGUAUGGCUAGGCACGUUUGAAACAGCGGAAGAAGCGGCUUUGGCAUAUGAUAAAGCUGCUUUUAAGAUGCGUGGUGCUAAGGCUUUGCUUAACUUUCCAGCUGAAGUUGUAGCAGCUUCUUCUAAUUCAGCGUUGCAAAAAAUAUUUAAACCAAAUAUGAGCUUGACGUCGUCUAGCUUAAUGAAGAAUAAUUCAGAGGUAAGUGGGAGUGGGAGUUCUAGCACGAUUUCAAUUGGGACAUCAAGAUCAGAAUCGGAGAGUAGCACAAGUGGGGAGUCACAGUACACAGGGAAAGAUGGGUUGGAGAAAUUGUUGAAAGAAUAGUGAGAUUUUGAUCGA